GCAAACUACAGGACAUGUUAAUCCCGUGAAUUACUGGAAAUAGAGUGGAUGAUAUGUGUAGGCUAAUACCCUUUUGUUAUGUGUUCUCUCUCUCUCUCCAAAGUAGCAAAGGUACAGCAUUCUCAGGGCAUUUAUUGUCAGCGUGGGGAGGGAGGAGACGAGGGAGACGAGAAUCGCGUUGUGUCUGUCAUCUGAUUCUUUUCCUGCUGGGAGAAAAAAAAGUGAGCGAAACCCCACCCUCUCUCGCAGACUGUAAGCACGGACGUAGUGUGGUGCGAGAACGGGACGAGAGAAGGCGUUAGAAGGAACGGGAACAUGACAAUAAACCUACAAAAAACAACAACGCUUUUCCGGAUGUCUGUCUUUAACAGCUCACGAAGAUGUUGGAUUUAACUUGUGAACUGUCAGAGGACUUUAGGAACUAAAUGGUGUCUGCUUGAUGUGUGUUUCACUUUAAAAAAUAGACCAAGUUUGUUUGUAUGGUCCUUCCUGUUCAAAAAACUCGAUGGAAAGAAACUUCACUUUCUUCAUGUGAUCGUUCAAGAACUUGACAGCGUCCUACAUCUGCUGAGCAAUCACACGAUGAGACCGUGAAUAUGCCAGAAGAGACGGAAUAUUAUGACCGAAAACGCAGUAGUUUUCGGCUAGGACCGUUACUGACUUUGUGAGAGAGCUGACCAACUUGUCGUAUAGCACGGGUGCGCAAAAACUCAAUGCUCCUUUCCUGCCAUUCUUCUCGACUUCUCUCCGCUUCCUGCUUGUGGUGGUCACGGCACUUAACGACUAAAAAUACAGAAAAGUCUAGAUGGACAACUGAAUCGAGCUGGGAUUAUUUCGGUCACUUUGCCAGACAAUGCGCGAUCACUCAACAUUUAGAGCAGUUUGUGCUGUUGCGUUGUAAUUCUGCUACAUUGUUGCAAUAAGGACAUUCACAGAGUUGUAUCUUUUGAUUAGACUAAACAGUAUUUUUUAUGAAGAUUUCCGGAUUGCCGUUUUAGUAUACGCAUUUUAUAUGAUGUGGUAAAAUUCAUUCGGCUAAUAACCAGGAAACGAUAUUGCAACAUGAACUCUUAACAGGCAUAGCAUUGUCAAUCAUGCCUUUUUACGCACUGGCACGGUUGACAAAAUUAUUGCACACAGUGCGCCCUUGUGUUUGACCAUUGUCAUUUUAUAUGGAGACAUAUGCAUUCCAUGUCUGCUCGUUUCGGUGAUAUCAGUUCAGCUACAGCUAAACACGACUCUGUGUUUGCUUGCUUGACUUCGGAGUGGAUUUUACAAGUCCCUGAUGAACCCACUAAACGCACAGGACAGGGAGAGCGGAGCUAUAAAGUACGCAUUUGUACUUUAUUUUCAAUAUCUCACAAAAUCCAGCCAGGUUUAACCCAUCAUCGACGUAGGCUCCAUGGAGCCGCUGAAGAACAUAUUCACUCGUGGCGGCCCUCUGUCAAAUUGGAAAAAUCUCGAACAGUCGCAAAAGGGAAACUUUACCAAUCCUGUAUGGACCGCGCUUUUCGAUUAUGAAGCGUCUGGCAAAGACGAGCUCACCCUCCGCAAAGGUGACUUGGUCGAGGUGCUGUCACGGGACUCGGAGAUAUCCGGGGAUGAGGGUUGGUGGGCGGGUAAGGUAAACAAUAAAGUUGGCAUAUUCCCUUCGAACUACGUCUCUUUUAAGCCCAGUGGUUAUGGCAAACUACAGGGCAGUGGAGUGGUCGGCCCUGCAGUUGUUGCCGAGUUCCAACCCGAGGCAGUGGAUUUUCGGGACCUCAGCUUGGAGGAAGUUAUUGGCGUGGGUGGCUUCGGUAAGGUGUACCGUGGGACCUGGAGGGGCGACCUGGUGGCUGUGAAGGCUGCCCGCCAAGACCCAGACGAGGACAUAAGCGUCACUGCCCAAAAUGUGCGGCAGGAGGCUCGGCUGUUUGCCAUGCUCACUCACCCGAACAUUAUCGCUCUCAAAGGGGUCUGCCUGCAGGAACCAAACCUGUGCCUCAUUAUGGAGUACGCUGCUGGUGGCCCGCUGAGCCGGGCCCUUGCCGGACGUCGCAUCCCCCCACAUGUCCUUGUCAACUGGGCCGUGCAGAUAGCCAAGGGAAUGCUCUACCUCCACAGCGAGGCUAUUGUACCCGUCAUCCACAGAGACCUGAAGUCAAACAACAUCCUUCUGGCUCAGCCCAUCGAGCAGGAGAGCAUGGAAGGGAAGACGCUGAAGAUCACAGACUUCGGCCUGGCGCGGGAGUGGUACAAGACCACCAAGAUGAGCACGGCCGGCACCUACGCCUGGAUGGCCCCCGAGGUCAUCAAGUCCUCCACCUUCUCCAAGGGCAGCGACGUCUGGAGUUAUGGUGUUCUGCUGUGGGAGCUGCUGACGGGCGAGGCGCCCUACCGGGGCAUCGACGGCCUGGCCGUGGCCUACGGAGUGGCCGUCAACAAGCUGACCCUCCCCAUCCCCUCCACCUGCCCCGAGCCCUUUGCCCAGCUCAUGUCUGAGUGCUGGGACCAGGACCCCCACCGACGGCCCAGUUUUGCCUCCAUCUUGGCUCAGCUGACGGCUCUGGAGCAGCAGGUGAUGGAGGAGAUGCCUCAGGACUCAUUCCAUUCACUGCAGGAGGACUGGAAACUGGAGAUCCAGCACAUGUUUGACGAGUUGCGCGCCAAGGAGAAGGAGCUGCGCUGUCGCGAGGAGGAGCUGAAGCGGGCAGCGCUGGAGCAGAAGUCUCACGAGGAGUUCCUGCGUCAGCGCGAGCAGCAGCUGGCCCAGUGGGAGCAGGACGUGUUCGAGCGCGAGCUCAGCCUCCUCAUCCUCCACAUGAACCAGGAGAAGCCCAACGUUAAGAAGCGCAAGGGCACCUUCAAGAAGCACAAGCUCAAGAGCAAGAACGGAGAGAAGAUCAGCAUGCCACAAGACUUCAUCCAUAAGAUCACGGUACAGGCGUCUCCGGGCCUGGAGAAGAGGAGGAACUCGCCCGAUAUGGGAACGGGAACGUCACCCACCUUUGGCCCGCGCUUCCGAGCCAUCCAGCUGAGUCCCAGUGAUAACAGCCGGGCGUUUGGUCUGGGCUCCCCGUGGCCCCUGGACUCUCUCCCUCUGAAGGCAGCCAACGGUGAGCGCAGGCUGGCCUCCCACUGGGGCCCCCAGAGCCCCAAGAGCCCCAAAGUACUGCGGCUCAGUCCACAGGAGAGCAGUCUUUGUAUGAGGGCCAAGCUCCUGGAGAUGGACAGCAGUGAGAACGGCGACUCCAAGGCCGACUUUGAGGUGUACAGGCCAGCCUCCCCCACCACCAACGGCUCAGGUUCUAUGUCCUACUCUGUGAAGGAGCCUGCCUGGACUACCCUGCCUGAGGAGGACAGUGAGAGUGAGGAGGGGGGUUCCCCCUGCAACUCCCCUCGCCCUGUGCCCUCGUCACACCAUCACCACCACCACCACCACCCCAAAAGCACCCACCGCGCCCUGCUCAGUAGCGCCACCCUGCUGGCCGCCGUGGCAUGGGGCCGACAACUGGACCCGGAGCCCGUGGACACCCCUCCCAAAGUGCCCCCGAGGACUAAUGCACUUCCUCAGCCAGUCCCCGCCCUGGCCUCCCUCUCCGCCCCUUGUCCCAUCCACUCCGACCCGGAAGUGAAAGUCGUGGAGCCGGAGUCGGCGAUGAUGGGCGACCUCAUCACCUUCAGCACGGACUCGCUCCCCAGGGGGCUGCUGUUCGACUUCCCGCCGCCUGCGCCACCGCGCUCGCCCGCCGCCGCGCCACGCUCGCCCGCUCCCACGUCACUCUGCCCCGCCACCGCGCCACGCUCGCCCGCCACCGCGCCACGCUCGCCCGCCACCGCGCCACUCUCGCCCGCCACCGCGUCACUCUCCCCCAUGGAGAUCCGGCCGUUGCCCCUCACGCCACCGCCACCCAACCCCCACCGCCACCGCACGCCCCAGCACAGCCCCAAAGAGUGGGCUGUCCCCGCCAGCAAUGGAGAGCCGCCCAGUGACCCGGCCUCCAGCCAGGGAGGAGAGAGGAGGAGAAGGUCCAGCCAAGGCCUACACGCCUCUCAACUGGUGUUGGACCUGCCCCUGUGUCAGGAUAGCCAAGACAGCCAUCAGACCACCUUCACCAUCUACCCCCCUAACCCCCACCUGCUGAGCCCCAAGUCCCCCCGCAUGGAGGUGCAGAUCAUCCCACGCCCGCGACCUUCGCCCAUGCGGCCUCGUAUCGACCCCUGGAGCUUUGUCUCCGCGGGCACUGCCCGGAUCGGAGGGACUGGUGGCGGUGGCAGCAAGCCGGGAACCCCAUCGGACGCCCGAUCUCCCGGGGCUUCGCCACUGGGCUACCAGCUGUCUCCCACCAACCCUUUCAUCACGAACUGCGGGCACCCCUUCCCCUCGCCCGAAUAUGACCCUUUCACCCUCAAGGCCCAGCCGGCGGCCUCUAUGUCCAUCGACUCGCCCACGCCUUCGCCCUUUGACCCCUUCUCGGCUCCGCCCUUCCCCACCGCCAGCACCGCCGCCACAACCUCGCGCUCAGCGCCGUGCUCGGCCAACGGGAGCCCGACGCUGUCCUCGCUCCGCGUGGCGCCGCUGAACCCGGCUGACUCGCCCUUCGUGGACCUGGGCUGGGCGGCAACGGCGGCGGCGACGUCAAUGACGCGUGGACGACCAAUAGAGGUCGCAAAAGAGCGGCUGCUGUCACCGCGGAGAGCUCUGGGUCUCAGUCCCUUCAGGUCCCCAGCGCAACUCCGAGACGAUCGCUUCUGAAUACACACACACACACACUCCCAUACACACACACACACACACAGGAUGCCCCUCCCCAUCACAGCCUCACAGGGAGAUCCAAAACCGAGGUCUCAUUUUUUCCCUUAUGUAUUUUUAUUGGGGGGGGGGGGGGAGUCAUGGAAGGGCUUUCUCUGAGGAAACAUGGUGAGUUGUCCUUUUUUUAGGGCACAGGGGAUUUGGACUCUUUUGGACUAAAAGGAAAAAGAGAAGAGGAGAUGGAGAAGAAAGGAUACAUAACAGGAAAAGGAGACUCCACACAC